UCUAAGAUGGAAAUAACAUAUGUCUACACCAAGACACGAGCUGAAUUCGGGAAACAAUGUAUAUUUACAGACAAGAACCCGGAAUUGAUCGUCGACAUUAAACCUAAACCAGAAGACAAAGAAAACUUCAUAGAAUUCAACUAUUGCGAUAAAGAAGUGAACCAUAUUCCAGAAAUAUCAGAACACGAAGUUAAUACCGAGUCGUUCAGGACGAAUAACACCGGAAUUAAUCACGUUGAGGGUGGCUGGCCAAAGGACAUCAAUUGUGAGGAUGUCGACCAAAUACAACGAUUUAGAAAAAAGGUUGAGAAAGACGACGUUUAUAUUACAUCAGUCCGCAACCUUUCAAUUCCAGCCGCCAAAAUAACAAACUAUUUUCGAGAUCCCAAUGGAAAGGACCGAGUCGUAUCCUCAAUUUCCUGGAAUCCCACCGAUUCUAAAAAAAUCGUUGCUGCGUAUAGAUUUUGGGAUACCCGAAAAGGGACAACUGCUGUGGACUAUACACGGGUAGAAGUGUCGCACAAGGAUCCAGUCUAUGGGGCAAUCUGGAUAAAUUCAAAAUCCGGAAGCGAGUUUUUCACAGCUUCCACGGAUGGAUGUGUUUAUUGGUGGGACACAAGAAAACUAACGGACCCCGUGGAUAUAAUAUAUCUUGACACUACUAAAAAACAAGACCCGACGAAAGCUAUAGGAGCCACCUGCCUGGAAUAUGAACCGACUAUUUAUAAUUUAUAAACAUUUCAGCCAACUAAAUUUAUGGCGGGUUCUGAGAUGGGUUCAGUAAUUCUCUGCAAUCGGAAAGGGAAGACAAACGCAGAAAAAGUCGUCUCCGUGUUUAAUGGACAUAAGGGACCGAUUUAUUCAGUGAAAAGAAAUCCGUUCUAUCCCAAACAAUUCCUCACUGUGGGCGAUUGGACUGCAAGGACGCCGCAUGGAGUCCUACAAGACCGGGAGUUUUCUUUACAACGAGAGUGGACGGUGUCCUUGAUGUUUGGGAUCUUUGUUUUAAUCAUUCCAAUUGUGCUUUAUCCAUCAAAGUUUUAUUUUUACAACAAUUUAAAGCUGGACGAGUCGGCUCUGCAUAGUUUACAAAUAAACGAAACAGGGAAAUGUGCUGUUUCAGGAUCGGCUUCGGGAAAUAUAGCAUUUUUGGAGUUUUCAGAUUCAAUCUACGCACUCCAAAAAUCAGAAAAAAAUACAGUUUCAUCCAUAUUUGAACGGGAGACAAAACGCAUGAAAAUAUAUGAAUCCCGGCAAAAAGAACUGAGAUUCCGUGCCAAGUCACCUCAUUCGACUAAUCCAGUACAUAUUUAA